UUUUAUGUUGAUGAAUUCUAUUUUUUGUCUUAUAUUUUUCGUCUCCCCCUUCCAAAGAACGCCUCUCGUGUUCGUCUGUUUCUUCGAAAUCCAUAAGCAUUAAGGCUCCAUCAUCCUAUUUGUUGUGACAUGUGGCUGAUAGAUUCGUAAUCUAAGGAUUUGAUCUUGUGUUAUUUCUUCUUGUACUUUCUUCCCACGCACAAGAAACCGGAAGUGCAUGUUCGGGGGAGCGACGGUUCGAUUUGCUCGACGUUGUCUCUCCCGUUCUUCUACCUUGGAGGGGAGAUGUUUGAUGAAAUGGCCUGGGGAGGAAUUCAGAAGCCUUGCCGAAGUUUCUGUGUGGAAUGCCAUCCUGCGGGGAUGUAUGGAGAAGGGCGCACACGCUAAUGGGCUCUCUUUAUAUAGCAAAAUGCGACUUCAUGGAGUCAAUCCGGAUCACUACACGCUUUCCUUCGUUCUCAAGUUCUGUAGGCCGACCAAUGGAACACCAAUGUCCCUCAUACUCUGUAGAGGGGCUCAUAGCGACAUUGUAAAAUGUGGGUAUGAACCGGAUUUGCUGCUCGCAACGUCCCUUGUGGAGGUAUACUCUGCCGGGCGAUGUAUGGUCGAUGCACGCAGAGUGUUUGAUGAAAUGCAUGAAAGAGAUGUCGUCGCGUGGAAUGUGAUGAUACAUGGCUAUGUAAAAUCUGGUGAUACGAAGUCUGCUGUUUCUUUGUUUAAUAAGAUGCCACAAAGGAACAAUUUUUCAUGGAAUAUGGUCAUUGCAGCGAUGGCAAGAUCGGGAGAUUUAGAGGCUGCGCACAAGCUGCUUGCCAUGAUGCCUCAAAGGGACGCGGUUAGUUUGAAUGUGAUGAUUACAGGGUAUUCCCAGGUUGGGAAUUUGUUGAAGGCAAGGGAAUUGUUUGAGAGUGCAUCUAUCAGAGAUUUGGUGACAUGGAAUUCGAUUAUUGGAGCAUAUGCCGGAAAUGGGCAAAUAAAGGAAGCUUUGGUGCUCUUCAAGAGAAUGUGGGAUGAGAAUGUGGAGCCUGAUGGGUUCACAUUGACAACAAUUCUUUCAGUAUGUGCACGAGUUGGUGAUUUAGAUACUGGCGAGUGGAUCAGGGAGUAUAUACAGAGGAAGGGAGUCGCAUUGAAUUACAUAGUAGGGGCUGCUCUUGUAGACAUGUACUCAAAAUGUGGGAGAAUUAAUUCUGCGGAAGAGGUAUUUGAGUUGUCUCCAAAAUGUGAUGUCUCAGUUUGGAAUGCAAUGAUUGGCGGACUAGCAAUGCAUGGGCGUGCAAACAAUGCGUUUGAACUAUUUAAUCAAAUGUUGAAUGUGCAAAUUGAACCAGAUGCAAUCACCUUCCUAUCAAUGCUAAAUGCAUGUAGUCAUGCUGGUUUGGUUGAAAGAGGACAGACAUAUUUUGAUACUAUGAGAAGUGAAUACUUAAUUGUGCCACAGAUUGAGCACUAUGGGGCUAUGGUAGAUCUACUUGGCAGAGCUGGACGUGUAGAUGAAGCUUACAGUCUCAUUAAAAGCAUGAAUAUUGAAGCUGAUGCUGUAAUUUGGAGGGCUCUGCUUGGCGCCUGUAGAAUCCAUGGUAAUGUUAAGUUGGGUGAGCUUGCAACUAAGCAGAUACUGAAAUUGGAGCAGCGAAAUAGUGGUGACUAUGUGCUUCUUUCAAAUAUCUAUUCCACAUCAAGCAAAUGGCAUGAUGCUGAAAAUGUAUGGAAUGCAAUGAAGGAGAAAGGUAUUCCCAAGAACCCAGGAUUGAGCUGGAUUAAAGUGGACAAUGUAAUUCAUGAAUUCAUUGCGGGUGAUAGAACUAACCCUCAAUCUGAGAAUAUCUACCGAUCCAUUGUUGAGGUGAUGAAGCAAAUUAAAAUGGUUGGCUUUGUGCCUGCAACCAAUGCAGUAACAUAUGAUGUAUCAGAAGAGGAAAAGGAAGACGUUUUGUACUGUCAUAGUGAAAAAUUGGCGUUGGCUUUUGGGCUUCUUAAUACUAGCCCAAGAAGCACAAUUAGAAUUUACAAGAACCUUAGGAUCUGCCACGAUUGUCACUCUGUUAUGAAGUUUGUUUCAAGACUCUAUUCUCGAGAGAUAGUCAUCAGGGAUCGUAUUCGAUUUCAUCAUUUUGAAGGCGGCACAUGCUCAUGUAAAGAUUAUUGGUAGCCUUCUUUUUCUGUUUUGGUUGAAAACGGCAGUAGCAUCACUGGAGUCGAAGAGAUUACCGUCAGGUGAAAAAUGCAGUGAAACAAUCAACCAUUUACGAGGGCAAGAGUAUACUAUAAGGAAAGCACGAACUUAGAUUCCGAUAGACAGCAAAAUGUUGGUCCGCACAGUGGGUGC